AUGGAGAGCAGCUCUGAGGAAAUUCGGCUGGUUUGGCAGUUUGAAAUAAAGUUUAUUUUUAUUAAGGGGUUUGUUGUCAACAUGCAGUUCAUUCAUACCACUCUUCGCAACAGUGUUGUUAGGCCCUACAGGCAGAAUUUGUUUAGAGCGGUUCCGAAUUAUGCCUUGUCGCUGAAAAAGCAGCAUCGCUCUAAAGCAGCUAAGAAGAUGGUACAUUCAGCGUUACGUGCCAGUAAAAAUCUGGUUAUUUUCGGUUCACUGCGUACCGAAUCUCGCUUACGCUUCUUCCUUCAUGCAACUUGA